AAUAAUUCAAUGAAAUUGAAAUUGUUCAGAAGUUAUUAUAUAUAUUCGAAUCGUGAAGUUCAUACAUAGCAAUCCUGCAUCCUGGAAUUUUCGAGAUCAGUUAUAAAAAAAUCCAGUUAAAGUUUUAACUAUUGUUUUAGAAUAUAUACUAUAUAUAUGUAAAAAAAAAUUAUUUUUUAUUUAUCAAGUUGUAUUUUACGUUAAUUACAAUAAUAAUUGAGAAUUAGGAUACUUAUGAUGUGUUUAUAUACCCCAUUGUUCUCCGUUUUAAAGUCUACUUCAAAUUUCAGAAUCUUUUAGGCUAAUGACGGAAAUCUUCAAGUCGCAGGGCUUUUUAUUUAAAAAUUUUCCCCUGGGCAAUAAGCUUAUUCACAAGCCUCUAUGUACUGCAUUUCUAUCAUAUUCGUCAUAUUUGGCGGAAAAUGUUUCAGCAGAAUAGCUUUCAGACACAAUUUUUUUAUUACACCACAAGAAUUUUUGGAGAUUUGAUAAGUCAAAAAUGUAUGCGUAAGUCUUUUGAACGAAUUUUAACCAAAAAUCAAAAGCAAUGAUUACGUGAAAUUACACAACAAGAAGCCUAGAGGCGUUUAAAGUGUACAUAUAUUUAAUCAAGAUCUAACUUUAUAGAUAGAGCCUUAGCCAAAUGUGAAAAUAACGAAAAUAAUAAGUUCUAACACUGCAGUUUUUAUAGAUUUCAAACGUCCACCAUUUUCCGUUUUAAUUUUAAAUCCCGUUCUAAAUUUGAAUGUUUGAAAUCGUUAUUAGUAAUUCGGGGCGCAUUAGUGGUAACUAUGGCUAGUAUUAACAUUACAAAAAAGUAAAUAUAUGGGCAAUGUUUUUUCCGCAUGGGAAACGCGUACGUCAACUGUUUUUGAAAUCGGUGCCGUGUAAAAAUUAAAAGAAUGGUCCCACUUACAUUGGUAAAAAUACGGUAAGUUUAUAAUAAAAAAAGUUCGGUAACUCCAACCAUCCCAUACGAGAUUGCAAAUGUACCAAAUUUAUAGAAAGCACAAGACAUUUUUAAGUUUGCUGCUCAUUUUGUACUUUAUGACUUUUUUUGCAUUGUGCUUACGCAAACAAACUUAUUAAGCAUGAUGAGAUAUUUCCUUAUGUUUAGCGUUUCUAUCAUUUUAUUUAAUAUUUUUGGCUCUGGAUCCAAUCUUGUAGUAAGUUACGAAACUGAAAGGUGUAAUCAUAGAAAUGCCUCAUGUGAGGUUUGCACAGACGAUUCUUCUUGCUUCUGGUGCGAACCAACGCAGUCUUGCCACACUUAUGACUUCAUUCCCAAGGGAUGUAACAUAAAAUGGUAUGUAAGACAGUGCACUGUAGCAGGUUAUUGGUUUGUAGUAGUAAUACCAUGUGUUGCUUUUGUUCUGCUUGUUUUAUUGGUGUGUUGUUGCUGGUGUUGCUGUUGUCGUAACAACAACGAAUCCACAGAAGAAAAAUAUCUUUUAAAAGAAAGUAGACGUAAAUGCGAAAAAGACAAAAGAAGACUUUAUCUUGAAGAAAGAAAUACAGAAAGGGAUGAACCAGAUAAUAGUGUUAUCCGUUCUAAAUAUGGGCUUUUUAAUUCUCCACAAUCUCCUUGAUUUUUGUUAACAUUAAUAUCUAUAUGAUAGAUACUUCUAUUUUUUCUCUUAAAUCUAAACACUGUCAUAUAGUUGGCAUAUCAAAGUUGUUGUUUCUGUCUGAUUUUUUUAAAAACCUAAAUUAUACACUUGUUGUUUAAACAUGUUUUAAUGAUAAAGGACAGCUUUUCUCAUUCACAUCUGCUGUUAGCAUGUUAUAAAGCUUGUGCUUAAGUUCACAAAGGUUCAUUUCACCAAUUAUUUACCGUUGUGGCGAAAAUAAAAUUAAAAAGGUUAAAAGAAAACAUGUAUGGCAGCAUUUUUAGUGGAAAAGCUCAUUGUUGCCAUAAAUUCACAGAGUUGCAUAUACUUUUUUUUUUUAAGGUUAACAAGUUUUUUGGUUAAAUAGGCUGAAGCAUAUAAGUUUUAAUUUGUCCUGUAUAGGCAAGAUUCUGCAUGACUUGAAACUCUUCAAAGAAAUCUAGAUCAGCAAGGAAACAAUUCCUAAGAAAGAUUAAACCCAACACCAUUUUAGUUUUGCAUUCAUGUAAAUCUAUACUUUUGGUUAUUUAGUCAAUUUGUGUAAAGAACCAAAUCUUGUCUACUUUUAUUAGAUCCAGGAUUUCUUUUUUUAUUGUUAUUUUUAUUAAAUGAAUUUUUUAUGUGUUACGUAAUCUGUGAUUGCUACAGUCAUAUUACACGAUUAUUCAUUUUUAUAAUUGUUACCAUGGGAAGUAAACAUAUUUUUUUAUUUGUUUGUCAAGGAAAUUGCUCGCAAAUUGUUUUUUAAUCCAGCAGAUGUUUUUAUAGAUAUAACAACAACACCUACCUAAAGAUUUUUGUUUUCACACAUUUAAUGCAAAGUAGAUGCAGCUUCUUGGUUUAAUAAAUCUCUAAUGUAGCAUUUUUUUGAAAAAUGUUAACACAUGUGUUCUUUCACACUGGUCAGCUUUUCUAGUUAACUUCAACUGGUCGAAAUUUCAGCAUUUUACUUGUGCUAUCAUUGCAUUAGAUUUUUUCUUAAAUUUUGUUUGAAAUUAUAGCAGCUAGUUUUGUAUGGAUUUAAUCUUAUUGUGUGUUUCUUUUUGUCAUCUUAAUUUUUUAUUGUUGUUUUUAUUGUCUUCAGUUAAACAAUGUUCUUCAAAACAAUAUUUCAUGACAACUUAUAAGUUCAUUUGAGACUUUUUAAAAAAUAAUUUUAUAUAAAAAAUGAUUCUUUUUGAGAAAUUAUAUUUUUGUAUUUAUAUAUUCCUAAUGUAUUGUAUUUAUUACAUGCCUAUUUACUAAGGGGUAAUCUAGUAAAAAGCAAGAAACUUCUUGUUGUAAAGAAAACUUUUUGGACAUACACAGGAACCAUAACUUUGAAUAUUAUAGUAAAAAAGAAUCCCAAACUUGAACAAUUGCCCCUAAAAGUUGUGAAAAUUUUAAUUGCAUGGGUAUAAAUAAAAUGAAUACUUUGAAUAUAAACCAGUCGCUUAUAUGACCCCAGGUAAACCAUGACUAAGUAGCUAAGCAAUAUUUAGGGUGGGCGAGGUGCAAAAAUCAAUUGUUCAUAAAUAAUGUGAAAACCUUAAGUAAAUAUAGUUCCUGUGCCUAAAGUAUUUUUUUUACUUGUCAUAUAUGGUUACUGCUUAGAAUCUUUCAAUGUUCGUUGGCAAUUUAAUAUCUUAAAUUUGUUUUUUAUUAGACUUUUUUUUAAAAGAAAUAUUGUGUAUGAUCUUGGGGGAUUAUUUGUAAUUUUCUGGAAUAAAUUUUCGACAAAGCUAUGUUGACCUUAUAA